AUGUCGUUGGCGGCCGGCGGUGGCGGUGGCGGCAGCGGUAGUGCAUUGUUUGGACUCAAGUCGCAGAUUGAUCUGCUGACCGACGAGUCACAGAGCGAGGCCGACCAGUCUGUCGACAUGCUGGCCACGGUCGUCGUCUCCUUUGUCUACUCCAACAAACAGCCAUCCCUAUUCAACCUGCUCAUUCAAAUGCUUUCCACCACCAACAGCAGUAAUAGCAACAGCAAUAGCAAUAGCACCAAUAAUAGCAACAGUGGCAGCAGCCUCAAGAUAUCAACACCCCUUGCACUGGGCGGCCCAGCUCACAACAAUGCAACGCUGGCCAACAUCCCAUUCCAACCAUCGCCCAACCCAAUACUGGCGGCAUCCGCCUCGGCUCUGCCCAAUCCACAGCAACUGCAACAACAAGAUGGCAGUCUGAACUACAGUGGCAGCAUAACGAGCGCCGUCCGAUCGACACAGUCUCUGAUGUUCCACGUGCUCAACGAUGCAAUCUACGCUGUGUCGCAGCAGUACCAGAAGAACUUCUACAUUCACAUCAUCGAGCCCACCGCAGCCGCCGAGCAAUCACACCAGAUGUACGACAGUCUGCUCGCUGGAUGUCUCUCAUUCAUCAAUCACAUGCUCUGUGCGGCGCCCACCCACUUUGACUUUGAGCGCUACAAACAACUGCUCAGCGUACAAGGUGUCAAUGGAAUCAUAAAGAAACAUAUCAAGAACCUCAAUCCACACGUUAGAUCAGAGCUGAUACACUACCAAAAGCACAAGACUGCCAAUAUAAAGAAUGGUCGUCAAGUCCAGGAUAAACAAAACAUUGAUCAAUUGGUCGCCAGACUUGUAAAGUUAUCAUUCUUGAAUAAGGAUUCAGAAGAUAAAUCGUUUGAAGAGAAGUUGAAGUUGUUGGGCUUCGAGGAUUCACCUGAGGCCACUCUGAUGGGCACUGGUGUACUUGGACUGCGCAACAUGAUCUACUUUGGUGCACGUUACUCUAGAAUCUACCACGAGAUACUCAGUGUCCAAAUGGGCAAGGAGCGUGAUGGUGCCUACUACUCCUUCCCACAAGUGGCCAUGGCAUUGACCAACUGUCUCUUUGAGAUAUAUUUAGAUGACGACAACUUGUACGAGAUCAUAUUCGAUCAAGAUGAUUGGUUCGAGGAGUUGUUCUCGAUAUCGUUUGAGCUGUUUGAUGAGAUUUGGGAGAAGGAGGCAAAGGUACCAGAGGACUUUGUGACGGUGCUCCACAAGACGAGGAACUUGAUCUCGCGCAUCAAGUGGACCAAUCCAGACUCGAUCCAAUCGUUCCAGGUGAAUCUGGGCAAUGUGCUGGACGAGAUAUGGAACAGAGAGGUGGAGAUCGUUGAGGAUUCACUCAAGCGCAUCAUCCCGCUCAGUGACAGCAUCAUUGGUCUACCUACAAAUGCCAACUACCAGACCCAGCCCAGCGGCAACUCGUCGCCACGUUUCCAAAAGUUCCGCAGCACAAACUCAAGCGAUCGACUCAAGCAACCAGAGGGCAGCGACCCACAACCAACACCCGUAUCCACAUCCACCUCUUCACCUGCACUCAUUGAUUCAAGUGCAACUGAGGCCACAGCAUCAUCAUCAUCAUCUUCAACAACCUCACCAUCAUCUUCAUCGACCACCCCUACCAAUGGCGCCGCCUCACAGCAACAGUCAACACAACAACAUGCUAGGAAGUACCAAAGACUGAGACAACAGAUGAAGUCAAUCAGCUUCAAGAAGUUGUUUGAAUCAGGCGUAAACACAAACAGAAACAGCGUUAACCUUAGCGGUACACCCAUCAUGACCAGCGCCACCCAGGACCCGACACAGCCAGCCGAAGGAACACAGGUUAUUUCGCUGACAGCAAGCCAGGAGAUUCCCGCCUCGCCCAGGAGGAACUACCAGCCCGACGGAAAGAAUGAGGAGGAGGUCAAGACAUUUGCGCGCGUAUCCAAGCUCCUAAAGAAUGCAGUAUCCACAUUGAAGCAUCGUGUGCAGCCUGUAGACAAGGAUAAGGAGAAAGAGAAGGAGAAAGAGAAGAAGGCUGACUCUGUUCAAGCCUCGCCUGUUGUGGUAGCGGCACAGCCAGUAACAGACCAGGAGCUCGACAACUUGGAGUUGGACGGCGUAAAGGUAUCGAAACAAGGAUCGCUGCGAGCGAGUGGCACAGCAGUCUACCAGACAAUGAGGAAGAUGAUGCAAUCAAUCGAGAAGAAGGGCAAGACGAUAAAGAAGCGCGUGAAGAAGCAAAGCGGUCAUCACGAGCUGACCGAGGAGGAAAGAGCGGCCAAACUCGAGAGGAAGCAGAUGCGCAAGGAGAAGAGAAGAAUGAAGAAGUUGAUGAAGCAGCAGAAGCAGAUACAAUACGAGUCAGAGAACACCAUUCGCAUGGUGCAGCUCCCACCCAACCAGCCAGUGGACCGUGGCAGCUUCCAAGAGCUGAACCUCUCAUUCGACGACGAGGUCGACAGUCUCGAUUCAAACAAUGACAGUGAAGACGCUGACGACACAUCAACAAUUGAGGAGUUGACAAUGGAUGACGAUCACAAGGUUGAACCAUCAUUGAUAACAGUGGCUGUACCUGCAUCCACAACAGAGGUCGUUGUUACUGUUAACCAAGAGUCCAAUGUCGUCGUCGACACUCCUGCUGCUUCAUCAACCAUCACCGAGACUGAGACAAAGACAAUUGUGGCUGAGGAAGCACCAAAGGAUACUCAACUGGAUACUCAACCAACAAUCAUAUUAUCACCUGCCAGCGUUCCAGAGUCAACCAAGCUCGAGCCAGUCGUCGAGACAACAAACAGUCGCGAGAUGGCAAUGACAGACGUGUCAAGUAUCAUCAGCACAUUGUCUGGUGAUGAGCCCCUUACAAUGAUUUCAUCGGCUGAGGUCUCGCCAAGGUCAUCAUCCUCAUUCAGCAAGUCACCACGGCCCCUGUCGGGCAGCGGCAAGAUCGACGCACCUGCCAAGCCAGGCUCGCUCAAGCCAUCGGCAUCAUCCACAGACAUCGAGGGUGAGUCCAAGCAGAAGUCACUGGUCAGCAGCAGAAUGAACAACUUUAUCAAGGGUCCACUGGGCACGAUCGAUCGUCGCAAGGAGGCGCCAGUCGUCAAGUCGACCAGCAUCAAGCAGUUGGUGUCAUUCUUUGAGUCCAAGCAACCAUCACCACCAGCCAUCAGCAGGGAGAGUUCCCGAUCGAAUCUUCACAAGGCAGAGUAG